CUAGAUGUAGCAAGAAGUAGCUAGAAUAUACCAGACUGGAUGCAACCCUUAUUAGCUGCACCCGAUAAGUUUGGUAUAAUUCGGUUAUCGGAGAAAAAGUGUUGUUCAGCUGAUCGUGGUUUCCGCCGAUGGCCUACGCCUCGACUAAUGUUUCCGGUUUGCCUUCUUUUCGAUCUGAACAGUCAACGAGACAAGUUGCGGAAGUGCGUCGAAAAAUUUUAACUUGCGGGCAUACGGGAGUUUUUUUUUUGUCGCGCGAAAUAUCGAAAAGACAGCGUUCCUUCGCCUAUAGUGGUGCGCGAAAUAAGUCCGGCGUGUGUUUCCCGGCGAUAUUAAGCCGAAGAGAUCGGCGUUGGUCACGGCCAUCUCAAUGCCGUUUGCCGCCAAAUCCUAGCUUCGACUGGGUCAAAUUGCAGCCGAAAUCGAAGCCCGGAGGGUUUUCGCUGGACAGCUUAUACGUUCGCAUCACUGCCCGAGUCCCACGAUUUUACGGAGCCGCCACCGGCGGGCAGAAGGAGAGACGGCAACUGCGCCAGGCCGAGAAGUGGAGCGCCUUUCCAGCAAGCCGGAGCGAAGGACCAGCCGCAGCAGCAGGAAAGCGACCGCCCUAAGCCGGGGCCACCAGGAGGGAUAUUUAACUAAACUAAAUUAAAAGUUAAAUCGAUCAAAAUUUCUAAUUAUACGUAAAAAAAUGCUGAAAGUCAGACCUAACCUUACUAGAGAGUAUUAAUCCAAACGGAUCGCCAUCCUGAACAUAGAGUGGCAGAAAUUAAAAUUUUUUUUCUAUGUAGUUUAAGUUUAACGUUAAGCUAUAAGAAUAUGUACUCGAGUAGGAAACUCGGCCAUGCGGUUUAAUGCUUUUUCUUGGAUUUAAAUUGAAUUCUUAUUAGUGAUUAAAAUGUUUAUAUAGUAAGUGAUCUAACCUAAGCUAAUUAAAUUUUUUUUUUAGAAGAGUUCCUUUUCGGAAAGUGCUCAUUUAAAUUUUCAAGUAGGGACUUAUAAAAGUUUGAUCGCAGUCGUGUAAUCCAAAAUUAUGCCUCCUUAGAGUGUUUGUGGAAAAAAAAAAUAACACCUUUUCGUUUCAGCUCAUCUGCGCCGGGAGA